CUAAAGUAUACAUUAGACGCUAUAGUGGAAGACUCUUCCAAGCCAAAAUCAACAUGUGUCAAAUAAACUAAACUUCAUAUUAAUUCCAUUAAAUUUAAAAAUUUCCAGUAAGAAAAUCAAUUAUCUCCGAAAUGAAAUACAAACGCAUCCGCCAAGUUCCCUUACCGGAGCCGUAUUUCGGCAAAACGAAAAAAAUAAAAAUUUGGGAAAACGGCGAAUCGAAGUGCUACGUAUUCAAUAUAAAUCCCAAAGAUUUGAGAAACUGGGGCCUCAUAUUAAAUCACAUUACGAACGUAAUUCGUCCCAGUUUCGGCGCUGUAAAACACCUAAUCGAAUUAUCCACGCUCAAGGAGGUCAAAUCCUUCGAGGAGCUGGAUUCUAAGCAAAAAUACAUCGCGACAGGCGCCAACGAGAAAAUCAGAGAGCCCAUCAAAGGGUACAAAACUCACGCAGAAAUGUUGAAAGAUGAAAAAGAAGCCAAUAGAAGAUCGCCCAUUUAUCCGGAAAGCGGCAGGGUAACCCACAAUUGGGAGUUUCUCAAGCAAACUGAGAAAUUAAAGAACACGGUAAUUUACGUGGCGUUAAAUGGCUCUACUGCAUCUCCACAGAAGGCCGUGUUUAAAGAAAACGAAAUAGAGGAUUUCACGUUAAUAAGAAAUUAUUUCGGUAAAAUAUUGGGAAUGUCGGAGGAAAUCGCGUAUUUUUGCACUGUGUACGGAAGAAUCAUACAGGACCCGAAGGAUUUCCAGCACGGCUAUUUAUACGUGGCGGUGCCAUUUAAUGAAGCAUUUGUUGAAAUGGAUUACGUAGGAUUGUUUAAAAAAUGUUACAAAUACCGAAAAAAUCGAAAGUCAAAGAUCAUUUCAGCAAUAGGGCGUCCAUACAGCUCUCCAUACAACAAAAAAUCAAUCGACGCCAAGAAAGUCGAAAAGAAGAAAAAAACUGAAAAAAAGAAAAAGCCCGAGAAAAAGACGAAAAGCGAAACCAAAAAAUGCGCAAACAUAAACACUGCUAACCAAGAUAUAACAAAUGUUGAAACGAACUUAAUGAAAAACGAAAUGACGGGAAUCGAUUCAUUGGAUUCCACGAUGAAGAGCGAACUGGAAUUGAGAGUUACCUAUUACAGUCCCAGUGAGGAAGCUCAUAAACCCUCUUACAAAUGUCCAAAUAAAAUAUGUAAUAAUGUUAAUAACAAAAAAUUGAAAAAUGUUUCACCUAAAAGUACAAAAGAUGAACCUUCAUCUGACGAGAGUACUGCUACAAUAGUAGCGGAAAAUAAAGAAACAAAAGAUACGACAACAAACAAGGAAACUAGCGCAACCGAAGACCACGAAGAGAAAAAACCAUCCAACGAACAAGGUGAACCCAAAAAAGGAGAUUCGAAGAACGAAUCCCAUGAGCAAGGUAACGAAUUAUUGGUAUACAAAGUCUGCUGUAACGAAGGCGAAGAAGAUACCUGCAAAGCGACUAUCGACAACCAGUUGAUCUCCUAUCCGGAACCGCCAGUUUUCUCCGCAGCCAUUCCCAAUAUCAACGAACUGAAGAAAAAACAUUUAAAAGACAUCAUAUUUCCCAACAACACCGCCAACACCAAAAACGCCCUAUCGGAGCAUUUAAUUUACGAGAUAAACUCGAAAUCGGCCAGUCAACGCGAUCCCAACGAUCUGAUUACCGAAAUUAUGGGAAUCGACGAAGGUUCCCACAGAGAAAUCUAUGACAACAUUUACGAUGAAAAUGACAAUUUAAUUCGAUCUCAAUCUGACUGCAGCGUGUACAUCAAGAAAGUCGUCGACGAAGGUUGUCAAACAUUGAGAACCAAUGUCGUAUAUUCCAGCGCGUCAACACAAUUCGGCAGGAAACCGCAGGAAACUAACAUCAAGCCUUUUAAUCGACCGAGGUACGUUCGAAGCCUUACGGAACCUUCUAUGACCUUAUCACAGCAGAUAAUGAACGCUGAUAGCACCUUGGUGAUCUCGAACCCUUCGAAGAAGUCCAAGUUUAUAUUAAAAUCUGAUAUCCAUGAUUCCAGAAGAAACAAAAAAUCCAAUAUUCGUCAUAAUGGCUGUUUGGAUGUUAAAUCGCAGGAAGAUGACUGUUCGAACAAACCCAAGUUUUCGCUCGACCAAAGCAUACUGAGGUUAUCGCAAGCGCUCAAGUCCUACCAAAAGGCGUUAAUAAGUAUCGAACGAAAUAAACGGGCGGAUGAGAAAUCGGGAAAACUCUUCGAUGAAAGAAGUAAAGAUAAGGAUGAUGUAAUAUGUACAACCAACAGCGAAAUUGGGUUGUAAAAACGUAUAUUCAAAAGUAUUGGUGUAAUUUAACUACAGUUGUGAGCUAGUGACGACUACAUAUGUUUUUGAAAAGUUUAUUUCCAUAUGCUAUGCCUUGUUGAAAAGUUUUCCCGAAAGUGUUUUAAACGUUUGCGGUUCAUGUUUCCUUGUAAUAAAAUUCGCAAAUUUGUAAACUAAUAAAAUUUUAAUUUUUUUAUUAACAUUGAUUAGUUAAG